UUAGCACUCAAGGGUGAAAAUUAUAACUGCAAUUGUAACAUUAUAUAUCCUUUUCUUUUUAAAGCAAAGCGAAUUGGAAACAUUUAAACCAGGACAUUUAACCCUAUAAGAUUAGUUAAAAAAUUAACAAUAUAAUUAUUAAAUUAUAACAAAAUUGUCAGGCUUUCCAGGGUAUUGAAAGGUUCGAUUUGGAAUCGACUCCACGCUUCAAAAUCAACCCAUAAUUUGCUUGUAAUUUAUCAAAAUCUAGAUUAAUAUCCUGUUGAUGGAUUAUGCUCCGGGUCGAUUAGUACCCAAUUUCUGUGGGUGACUCCGCCCCCGUGUGAGUUCGUCCUUCGUCCGGGUGGGGGCCUGCACAUUGGGCUCACAAAGCACAGAUGUUAACGGCUUCCCCGUUGUUGGACUUUGAUAACUUGUUAGUACAAAUACACAGUGUGCCAAUUCACAAACAAAACAAACUCCUGUGGCCGCACUGGAAACACCAACAGCCAGAGUAAAUAACAAGUUGUUGACACACACAGAGUGGCUAGAGUGGACCUCUGACAGCAAGAUGUAUUAAAUUAAUUAUUACUUUAUAUAGCUUUGACAACUAUAAGAAAUUCUUGAUGAGAAAGGAUCAGAGGUUCCGCGCAAUUAAUAUUCAUUUAAUUCAAAAUAUACUUUAUGACACACAUGUCGUAUACGUAAUGUGAAAAUGAAGGCUCACCCUUAGGAGCACACACGUGCUGACACAAAGGGGCAAUGUUAUAGACGGUGUCCUGCCACCUCACCUGCCAUUAAUCGUCGAGGGGUGGCUUUGCUUGGCCCCAUUUAAUGGUCAGCGCGCAAAAAAUAAUUCUGUUAUUGUAUUUUCCCUCAUAAGUGGGCACGGAUAUCCAAACGAAAGCUCAUUCGUAGCUGGACAGGCAAACGGAAUAGGUUCGAGGCGGAAGAUGUUAUCGCCGGCAGCGAAGGAAACCUUCGUGCAGUGCAUCUGACAAACUGGAAACCGUACUUGAGCGAUGGGCUGCGGCUCAUCCAUGGAGACACAGACGAAUCCUAUCGUCACGGAGGUCAGCUCAGGAAUGCAAUCGCGCCAAAAUGGCGCACCAGGAGUUAUGAAUAUCGUGGAGCAGUAUGUCCGACUGGAUGAACAGAUAAGCAAAUUGGAAGGAACAUGCCCGGGUCCGCGGAUGGCCACCGCCGAGGCCUGGGUGGAACAUCUACGGAGCAAGCAUGAGGCCAUGUUGGGCCUUGAGGGCAUGGACCUGGAACUGGCUACGAUGCGGGACAGGGAGAAUAAUAGGGUGAGGGAAACCGACCCGAAGGAAGCUCUGCCCCAGCCAAACUACCCCAUGGGCCGGCAGGGCAAUCAAAUUGUGGCCAACACACCUACCAAGGACCUCGCACAGUUGGCCUAUAACCUGGGCGUGAUUGGCGAUGCCCGCAAGGCUUCCAUGCACGAGGAUUUCUUUGCCAACCUGAGUGACUCGGCUAUGUAUUUGCUCAGCAUACGAUACUACGGAGAGCUGCUGGAGCAUAGUAAAGAGCGACUGAAGACACUGAUGGAGAGCUAUGCGGAUCUGAACGAACGAUACGUAAAGCAGGACGGGAUCAUUGCUUACAUAAGCGGGGGAACGUACAUGACCCGACUGGAGGAAAGCAUCGAUGAGCAGCUAGAGACGGCCAGAGACACAAGGGACAAGCUGGGCAGUGCCUUGGAGCAGUGGCGAAUCUGUGGCCUGCUGUUGAGAGCUUCUGCCAACUCCGCCACCCAGGGUCUACAGCAGUGGCGACAGCUGAGCAGGAUGAUCGAUCCCAAGCAGAAGCUCCAAUGGGCCUUGGACAGCCGCAGCUUAUUGCAUGCCUCGAUGGUUUCUUUGGAUGCGGCACAGCUGGCUCUGCCGCACGUAGAGCUGAAGUACAUGACUCACCGCCAGGUUCUGGCCGUCAAGCACUGCAAUACCUACCUUAUCACAGACAUAGCCAACAAGGCGCGAUAUGAGCACACCACUCGCGUCUUCACAAGUUACGAGACCAACAUCUCCAAAGCCUGCACUUGGCUGUAUGAUACAUUUAACAGCACCCUUCGCAGCGACUUCGAAAAAGCGGAGGAAACUGUUUUUGGAUUGGCAAAAACGCUGAGAGAUCAUAGGGAGGAGGUCUUUAGCACAGUGCAGAAAUGACAAACAAGCUCAACGAUCCACUUUUUUUGUACAGUAUUUUAAUAAACAGUAAACGUAGACUUAGUAC